CACUCGUUCUGUUCGUUCGUGCCUCGUGGCUUCUUCUCUUCUCGCAGGAAUUAUCUGCAGCAUUUACUGUGUUAUUUAGUUAAUUACCUGUUAAGAAACUAUUCUUGAAGAAACAUGUCUUACCACAUCAAGGAUGCUGAUGACUUGCAGAACAAGUUGAAAGAAGCCGGAGAUAAUUUGGUGGUUAUAGAUUUCCACGCGACAUGGUGUGGACCUUGCCGUAAAAUUGGACCAAAAUAUGAGGAAUUCGCCGGUUCUUAUCCCGAUGUGAUGUUCCUUAAAGUUGAUGUUGAUGAAUGUGAAGACAUUGCUGCCCAGUAUGAAAUUUCAGUGAUGCCCACAUUUAUUUUUGUCAAGAAUGGUAAAAAGAUUGAGGCAUUCUCUGGCGGGAACGAAGACAAACUUAAGGAAGUGAUCUGUCAACUUAAAUGAGGCUAUUAAAUUUUUUUUUACCAGUAUUACAUGCUUGAAAGUUUAAC